GGCACUAGAACCCAAGGCUCAUGUCUCUGUUCUCUAACCAGGGCCCUUUUGACAUUCGCAUUCCCCUAGGCCAGUACCCUGGCAUCCCUGGGUCCACCUCUCCUCUGUGCCUCAUUUCUCAGAAGUGGGAAACUCUCUCAACUACCUGCUCCUGCAUUUAUUUCCUUCAUAUACUGUAGAAUGCCUUAUUGAAGGGAAUCUCCUGUUUUAAGCCUAAUAAUGUUGCUUUGCUUAUGGGACCUCAGGAUGUAAAUUACCCAAGAUGGCAACUGCCAGUCCUGUUCCUCUGUAUCAGCACAACAGUAUUAUCUCAGAUGCGCAAAUCUGUAAUUUGUAAGUCUCCAAAUUGCAGGCAGUGCCUGCAUGGAAGUGAAUCAUAGCUAAUCGGCUCCAAAGCCCUUUAUCUUCAAACUACACUUAGGAUUUGGGGAUAAGAAGAGAAUUGACCCAUUGGGACCUUGAUAUUUUAAGCUGUGUGAGCUGAUUUAGCCCAUUCCACCUUCCUCUGAACUCCAUGUUUCCCAGUUGUCUGGGCAACAAGCAGCCUCCAGAAACCCAACCUUCCAGCUCUCAGUCCUGCCCCUGAGAGAAAUCUGCCACCCUGGAUUGGCUCCCGGAACCCAGGCUCCUCCUCAGGCUUCCAGCUGGUUGGUCCUUCUCUCUGCCCCUUCCCAAGAGGGGCUCACUGCACCGGGAAACCCAACACAGGCAAGAGAAGACCCUACAGGACAGCAAGGAGAUGCCACCUAAGACCAAAGAAAAAGGGAGGAAAGCUGGGGCACAGAAGAAGAAAAAGAACUCGGGUGAUGAUGUGGAGGCCGAGUCCAGGCUCAGGCUGGUGAUGCUGGAGAAUGAGCUGCUCAGAGAUCACUUGGCUCUACGCAGGGAUGAGGCGCGCCGAGCUAAGGCUUCUGAGGACCAGCUGAGGCAGAGGCUGCGCGGGUUGGAGGCUGACCUGGAAGGGGCCUGGAGUGAAGGGAAGGCCAUAUAUGCAGAGAUGAGUCGCCAGUGUCGGGCCCUGAGGGAGGAGAUGGAGACCCGCAGCAAACAGCUGGAGGAAGAAGUGAGGGGCCUUCGGGCACAGCUGGAGACAUGCCAGAGGGAGGCGGAGGCUGCACGAGAAGAGGCUGAGCAAGCCCUCAGAGAGCGAGACCAGACUCUAGCUCAGCUUCGGGCCCAUGUGGCAGACAUGGAGGCCAAGUAUGAGGAAAUCUUACAUGGCAGCCUGGACCAGCUCUUGGCUAAGCUGAGAACCAUCAAGCCUCAGUGGGACAGGGCUGUGCUGACACUGCACGCCAGGUACAAGGAGCAGCUGCACCAGUUUGGACAACCCCCUGGAUCUUUGAGGCUACCAGACUGUCAUCUCUGGGGUCCUCUGAGGCCCCAGCAAUAAAGCUUCUUGACAUAGAACUCAACAGAGCUGUGGGCUGUGGCCUUUUGACAGAGAGGAAUGGCUCUCACGGAGACAUCUCGGUUCAGGGCUUACCCAUUAUCCUGGAGACUGAGGAGAGAAGAGAAAUUUAACCAAGUCUCAACGCCUCUCCUACAGAAACUGGGUCCCACCCCUUGAGCCUGGGGUGGGAUUCUUCUGCAGUGUAAACUAAGAGACCUUGUGUCUCCAAUGCUUCAGAUCAGGAGGC